AUGACUCCAUUUAACGAAAAGGAGGAAGGUGACAAUUGGGUCACAUAUGGAUCCGCUUUUAGUGACGAUGAGUCAGAGGAUAGUCGCUUCCGUGCCCUGCAGUUUGGUAAACCGAGGGCCAUUCCUUCAGCUUUUGAACAGCGUAUGCUUAACGAGAAAGGAAGGCCAAUGCGUUUUCAUGGAGCUUUUACCGGCGGGUUUUCUGCAGGAUAUUUCAACACUGUCGGCUCAAAGGAAGGUUUUGUGCCGAAGAGCUUCACAUCUUCCCGGAAAACGAGGCAGCGUGCUCCUGAGGAUAUGGUUACCCAACACCCGGAAGAUUUUAUGGAUGAUGAGGUAGAGUUUGUAUUGCUGUGCUCUCGAUAG